GGACUUUCAUCUUUGUGACCGCUGUACAAUGUCAACAUCCUCCUCAACUCUGGUACAUUAGUUGGCUCUGGCAUGGUAAUUAUUGCAACUUUUCCUGGGUCUGGUGAGAUUCCAUUCUUGGUGAUUCCAUGACCCAACAUUCAAUCUCAUGCUUCCUAAGCUUACAUUUCUUACAAUUCAAUUUCAAGUUAGCACUGGCAAGUGUUUUCAUGACCCUCUCUAGAUGUUUCUCGCGAGCUUGUUCAUUAUGGCUAUAAACAAGGAUAUCAUCAAAAUAGCUCAUGGGGUCAUCCUUCAGGAUAGUGUCUUACUGGUACAAUGGGAGAGCACCGAUCUGUUGGCUUUGUUGUUUCCUCUCUCAUCCCUGUUUCCUGCAUCCGUUUUAACUCUUCCUUCAUCUUGUUCACCAAAGGUAGUGGCAUUCUCCUUCCUGCAUGAACACUGCAUGGCUCAAUGUUUCUUUUAAGAUGAUUUUGACUGGUGGACACUGCACAGGUGUCUUGAACUGUAUUCUUUAACGUUUUCCUCUAGUUUCUGAUUUCUAGAGGGAAAUCGUGCACGCCCGUGGAUGAUAUUGCAUUUUGGUUAUAUAUACACCUGUUAUCAAUGUACAAAGUCAUCUCGAAACAUCUCUCGCACCGAACAUUCAAAGCUUGCACUCGAUCACACACUUGCUAGAAAGGUCAGGGUGCUCCAGUCAAAGCCGCGCGGAGGUCACCGGCAGGUCAGGCGGGGUCACAUCCGCAUAAAGCACAGACGGCGCAGGGUGACACUUCACACAAACCGUUACAUCAUUUAAUUCGCAACAGUUGGGGUAUAUUCAUUAUCAUUUUUAGUCUAUUUAUAAAUAAUGAAAUUAUGAGUUUAAAUGUGAAACGAAAUCAGAACUGCAUGGAAAAUUUGUAAACUUAACAUUUUGCGAGUAUUGACAGCAUGGCAUGGCGUCGUACUGUCUGGGAACAGCAAAGUCUUCCAGACAGGCAUCGACAUAUCGCAUGGGAUCUCCAUUACAUCAUUUGUUUGUCGACACGAAACAGCGAAGAUGGUCACUUCACACAAACAUAUUAUUCUUGCUGUUUCUGUACAGGUCUCAGUGACACUUAGGGGUCAGUCUAGAUCAAGCACGAAUCAGAGAGGGACAAAGGUCACGUGAGAUAAUAAUUACUAAUAAUAGCAGAGCGACGACUGCUCACUAGCUUUGAAGCAUUUCCUCUCCUCCACUCUCAAGGCCUAAGUGUUUUAAGAGUUAAAGACACACUGACGGUUUCCAACCCUCUCCCAGAUGAAUGAUCUUAUUCUUUCUGGUUAUAUAUUUAUAGAUACAAAGAAUGAGACAACGGCUUUCUUACUUAAACACAAAACAGUAAACUCAUAAACACUCAUUGGUACAUGAAUAUCUGUAUGUCGUCAAGGCUGCAGUCACUAGGAUUUCUGGGAGUGUAUGCUUAUUAAGUUGUCAGCGAUGACAAUGGAUUUAUCCUCUAUGUGCACACAUCCUUCUUUGAAACCUAUUGUCUUCACUGAAAUCAUGAGAUAUUAAUACGUAAAAAUAACCCUUAAUACUCUAGUAUGUCUUUAAUCAUUUCCGUUUACAGAACUGAUGUUGCGUCGGUUAUUGUAUGAAGCAUACUUUACAAGGUUGGGUUAGGGUGAUUAUAGGUCUGUUCUGUACAACAACAUAGUGUUUACCAGCUUUAAAGCAUGAAAUAUUGAAUUUUUGCCCUUUGUUUGAAAGCUUGACAGAACAGGUUCAUCUCUCGGUUGGUAGAGGAGAUAUUCCGCUGAUUGUAUUGAAAAACAACGGUUCAAAGAACGUGAUAUUAACGGAAAAGAAACUUCCUAAAUCAGAAAGGUAUCCAUGGGGAAAGUUCAUAUUUAGCCAAAAUGGCUGUCAAGAUCGCCAGCAGAAGGAAGCUGGGUGUGAUGCUCUCAAUAAUAAUGACAGUCACACUGACCGUUACACAGAAUCACCUGUGCCAGGCAAAGGCAACUCUAGAGGGCCAUGGGUACAAGGGAAUUACUAUCUUCAUCCAGCAUGACAUCGAGGAGGAUCACUUUCUUCUCACAAAACUGGAGGAGAGUCUGACUAACGCGUCUAAAGUGCUUCUACGAGCCACACAAGGCCAGGUGUACUUCAAAGAGUUCAUUAUAGUUCUUCCACAUAACUGGAGAAGGAAUUCUAGCUAUGGCAACGCAGAUGCCUGUGGAGAUAUUUCAGAAAAGAUUGUCAUCAGCAGCACUAAGAGUGAAUAUGGCGACGCCCCUUAUGUCAAACAACCCGAAGGAUGCGGAAAGCCAGGCCUCUUCAUGCAUCUCACCCCAUCCUACAUCACAGAUGACUCCGUCAGCGCCAAGUGGGGACCGAGGGGCAAGACCAUCGCACAUGAGUGGGCUCAUCUGCGCUGGGGCGUCUUUGACGAAUAUGCGACAAAGCAGGGACAAAUAAAAGUGGAAGGCGGGAUAAAGUACAAACCCAAGUGCCCAGAAAAUAUCAAGUUUAAAGAAAACGUGAUACAACUUCGCAAAGGCGGUUACAAACCCAAAGUCUACCGUCUAGAAGGUCCCAGCCAAGUGGCCUCCAUCAUGUUCACUCACUACUUGGAAAAUGUGAUGUUUUGCAAUAGUUCGGAAGGCAGUGCCGUUCGUCACAAUACUAAAGCACCAAAUCGUCAGAACAGGCUUUGUAAAGAGAAAAGUUCGUGGGAGGUGAUGAGGGAACACAGUGACUUCAAGGAAAUGAGACCUUCCUUAACAUGGUCUGAAGUCACUCGGCCACAGUUCAAGUAUGUACAGACAAAGCUCCCAAGGAUAGUCCUCGUGUUGGACACUUCAGGUAGCAUGAAUGAACACCAUCGACUACAAACUAUGAACAACGCGGCCAAAACCAUCAUUUUAACCAAGAUAAAGCCAGGCACCUCUGUGGGGAUCGUAGAGUUUAACACCAAGGCAACAGUGUUGUCAGAACUUGUUACCAUCACAACUGAAGCGGAUCGAAAGACCCUGAUCUCAAGGCUACCAACUGUUGCCGACGGCUUUACGAGCAUUGGUGCGGGUAUCCUCUUGGGACUGGAGGUGUUACACCGAGGAAUGGACGAAUCUUCAGGUGGAACCCUUAUCGUCAUCACAGACGGCGAUGAAAACACAGACCCACGUGUCAGAGAUGUCCAGCAUAACAUCUAUAACAAAUCAGUUACACCCUACACUAUCAGUGUGACUGAAAGUGCGGACCCUGUGAUGACCAAUCUAUCGCUCGGCACUGGCGGCAAAUCGUUUUUUGACUCUGGAGACUAUAAUUCAACUGGCCUCAUCGACAGCCUCGUCACCAUCGUAACUUCCGGUGACCUCACACACGAUCCGAGAGUUCCCGUGUUGCUGCAAACAGAGGCCGGAAGUGUUUCUACCAGCUCUCUGCUGACAGGAGAGUUCUAUGUCGACUCAACGCUCGGUCACAACACCACAGUCUUCAUCAGUUUCACAAGUACUGUGAAUGUGAAUCUAACGGGACCCGGUAACAUCAGCAUAUCCAAUCACACACAUCCUCAGCUGUACAUCACGGAUGGGUCUGGGAUAAUUCAAAUCCUGCUGUCCGACUUCGCGAAGAACGGGACGUGGUUUUACAACAUAAUCGCCAUUGAAGAGGAGUCCCAUGUUGUUGUCACCGUACAGUCAAGUGCAAGUACAGACGGAAAUGACGUCAUUCAGGUACUGUCGUGGCUACCGGAAGAGCACAAUCUAGUCUUUACUCCUGACCAGAAGCUGGCCAUUUACGCGGAGGUCACGCGUGGCUGGUCCUCGGUGCUGAACUCACAGGUCAUCGCCGUCAUUGGCAGGCCGCAGUCUGGACCUCUGAACCUCAUCCUCUUGGACAAUGGCGUUGGCUCGGAUAUCACUAAGGAUGAUGGCAUCUACUCUGCCUACAUUCUGGCUAAAGAUCUUUCCGGAGAUGGACGCUACGGUAUCAAGGUCAGGGUCGAAGGAGUGGAAGGUGUCACAAGUGUGGUGGUGGGAGGUCGAGGAGGCUCGAGCGGAGUUUUGGAAGUUGACACAGUGGAGAGCAUCGAGGAGCUGGUCACAGAAGAACUCGGCCGAUUCCAGCGCGUGACGUCAGGUGGGAUGUUCAGCGUGAGUGGUUUCCCCUCAGACAGGACAAUACCGGACGUAUUACCACCGUCACGCAUCACUGACUUGACGGUCAGCUACGACGGCAGUGGAAACGGGACGGCCGAGCUUGAGUGGACUUCUGUGGGAGGUGACAUGGACCGUGGCACAGCUGCGAGCUACACCUUUUACUUCAUCACAGACCUUGACCUCACAGACUCUAAAGAACUGAACGACUCAGUGUGGUCAGAGGUCAGCCAAACGUAUCUACGCGACUUGAGGUCGCCACAACCUGCCGGCAGCCGAGAACACAUCAACAUCCCUCUGGACCUGCUGGGCGAAAACGACAUCUUGUUUCUGUGUGUGCGUGCGACAGAUGAAGAGGGCAACAAAGGCGAGCUGUCUAACAUCGUUCAAGUCACGAGGCUCCAAGGCCCGGAUGUCGUCCCAAAGAUGGAAGAUGAAGAGCCGGGUUCAAGAUACUACGCCCUGAUUACUACUCUCCCCAUCCUCGUCAUCACGUUUCUGGCAGUUAUCCUCACGAGCCUCGUUCUUGCUCUGCGGCGAAGGCGACGGAAGUCCUUUCGUUUGGAGAGAAAGACGGAAACAGAAUCUUGUGUGUUGUACUCUGCUUCCAAACUAGGAGACGCACAGAAACAGUGGCAUUAUACAGCGAGGCUUUAAAAGACCCUUUUUGACUGUUCACAUCUGGAAUCACAAAGUCGCAAGAAGGCAACAUAACCAGAAUUCUUUCCCACGGUGUUGUUGCUGGUAGUUUUUCACAUCCACCUAAACACAAACGUUCCAGUUCUUGUGUUAGUUUCAUUUAUGAAGAAAUCACAGUAUAUUUCUGCUUUAAUUAAUUGAGCUCAACAAAUAUGAUAUACUAUAUGCUAUGCCUGCCUUGAAGAACAAAUAUAACGGUACAAAAAUAUAGAAAAGUAAGAUAAAUAUAAAAAUAUAUACAUUAUAAAUACAAAAGAAGUUGCAAUCUCCGGAAAUAUGCAUGUAAUGUGAAGUUUAAUAUGUGUUUGCUUUCUUAACGGAAAUAUAUCAAUAUUAGUGUUGUUGAAAAGCCAAAUGUCAAGAUAUUUGAUGUGUGUACACAUCCGGAUAUAUUUUAUAAUUAUGCCCUGGAUCCGCAGGUCAUGUCUAAUAAAUACAAUUCGCACACACGGAUUCUGGAAAAGGGAAAACAUACAACCAGCCAACCAAACACACGUUAAACGCAAAACGGUUGAUGCAUCCGAAUGGGUCCUAGCUCUUGGUCCUAUGCAAAUUACUGGAAGUCCAAAGCAAAAUAAAUGCAUCACAAGUUGUAAAGCUUAUUCUCCCCGAUUCUCAUCUCUACGAUGCAAUCAAACGUUUCUGUGCGACUUACAG